AUGGAUCAAGUCAAGCAAUGGUGUGGUUCAAUGAAUAAUGAAGAGAAUGAACUGUCGAGUAAAGAGAGAAUCGAUGAUUCGGAGAGUGAUUUAGAGAAAAAAGGAAGCAGUGCUGCAAAGGAAACGACAAAUGACACAGGCAGUGAUCAAGAAUGGACUAGGGAAUCUGAAGACGAAAGAUUAUUGAGCCGUAGCGACGUGAUUCAACAUGCAUUCAAUAGCGCUAGUGCACAGUCGAGUAGAUAUAACAAAAUUUUAUGCACUAAUCUGACAACGUCAUUAGAACUGCAAUCUGCAGAUGAAGAAAAAUCUAGCCAACCACCUGCUUUAGUGGCUGACGCCGACGAGCUUGUUACAGUCGAUUUCAAACAAAUGCCGAAUUUGGCUUCUGGUCUCGAUGUUAUGUCUCAAAAAGAAAGUGUCAUCGAAUUGAAUUCGUCCUCCAUUGGGAAAGUAUCUGUUCAAGGAUCUUCAACAACGCAAGGUGUUGUAAUGAUCCAAAGUCGAGAUAAUACAAACGUAUUCACCUACAAAUACGAAAAGUGUAGUAAAAUGUUUGAUGAACACAAUUCCUCCGCACAAGCUUUGAAACGAUCUAACAGUGAGAUACACACUGAUGAUAAACGCUACAAAUGCGAAACAUGUGAUAAAACGUUCCAGUACAAAUCGAAAUUAAAUCGUCAUUUGUUAAUUCAUACAGGUGAAAAACCUUAUAAAUGCGAGGUUUGUGAAAAAGGAUUUAACGAUAGAUCAAAUCUAAACAAACACAAGAGGGAAAUGCAUUACAAUAAAGUUUGUAACGUUCGUAAGAAUGAUUUUGAUAAUAAACAGGAUAUGAUUAAUCAUUUAGUCAUGAAGCAAUCUGACAUUGUUGAAAGACCCUACAAAUAUUUGCAACAAAGCUUUUACUUCUAG